AUGGCUGCUUCCACUUCCCACGUGAUGUACCUGAUCCUGCGGAGAGAUCUCACAACUGCCCUUCAGUGGCCACUUGGCGCCGUCUGCACCCAAGCCGCCCACGCCGCCAGUGCUUCUAUCUGGUUAUUUAGGUAAAUCUUAUAGAUUUGAUGAGUUAGAAAAUAUUGAAGCUUGUAUAGAAGUUGAGUAUGGAAUCUUGUACAGCUCUUGCAUCCUUUUCAUAUUUUACACGGUUUAUCAAUUUCUGAAGUUAUAACCUUUGGUAUAUUUUUGCCGUUUUGAAGUUUUCAUUGUUUCAUAUGGCUUUUGAUCUUUUCUGCUAGCCUGAAUCAUCAAUUUAUAAUGCUAACCAUUCCUGUAGCAUUUAUUUCACAAUUUUUACUCAGAAAAUUUCAAUUUUAUUCUUAAAAUAAUCUUUCUGAAUUUUUCUGAUAUUGUUUUUUCAAAUGAUUUCGAUUUUGUAUUUUCAGUUUUUUUAAAUAAAAUUCUAAUUUUAAGGGAUGAUCCGAAUACGAUAGCCUACACUGCCGACCUCGACCACAUGCACAAAGUCACGCUCGGAGUUUGUUUUUUCAAGCCAGAAUAUCAAAAUCUGUUUUUUUUUCAGGUCGAUUCAGAAGAAGAGAUUCGGAAAGUGGAGAGCAAACUGGUGGAAAGGAAGAUUGAUCACAAGGUUUUAUUUUCUUUAUUUUUGGAGUAUCCUUUCGACUUUUGAAGGUUUGGAUCGAAGACGGCUUUCCAGUGUGCAUCGCAUUGAAGCCAUACCCUAAGGACGAGGUCAAAAACGCUGUUCGAGGCUUGAAACUUUUUUGAACCUUAAUUUAUGUUUUAUUUUUUUGUUACGGGAUUCGGACAGAAUAAAUGGUAUACUCUUGGCUUCCUUGGGAAAAGAACUUUUUUUAGAUCAGAUAUAAUUAUAAAAAAAUAGUCUUUUGGAUCGCCCCGUAAACAGUAGUAACUUCACUUUUUUUAUUCUAAAAUGUUUCAUAAGAUUAUAUUUUCUCGAAAAAAAUUUUUCGCUAGAUUUAAGAAGGUUUAGGACAUUCAAUUAGAAAAAUCGAAAGUUUUCAGAAAUUAAUAAUUUGAUCCAAGAAGAGUAUAUUAACUUUUUGUUCUGCAGAAAAAGAGAUUGGCGGUACCAGUUUUGAAAAGUCAAUUUUUUUAAGGUAAUUUUUGGAUUUUUUACGCCGCUCAAAAUUUUAUUGCUUCCAUUUUUCAAGCUAAAGUGAAGUUUUAGUUUUCCUGGAUUAGAAAGUGCUAUGUUUCUGAAAAUUUCUUUAUGGAAGCAUAUAAUUCGAAAAAUUCAGACAGAAAAAAAAUAACCGAUUAGUUAAAUAAUUUUUGACAAUUUCAAUUCAGAAGUUCAUAUGUUGCAGUACAAAAUUUGAACGCUCAUCUGCGCUCCAUAGGCAGUCCACAAUGGUUUUCCUCGAACCUCGUUAACUUGAACCGGACGUUCUCAGAACUUAUAUUCAUCGGUUGAGAGCCGCUAUAGCGAUCACUAGAGAUAAUCGGCAUAUUUAAAACUUUUUUUUUAGUAAAUCUAUGAAAAAAGAUGAUCGUUGAAAAAGGAAAAAAUGUCAGCUCAGAACUAUUCUAGACUUGAUUAAAAUUGGGAAGAAAAAGUCAAAGUAAGACAUUUGAUUGGAUGGUCACAAGAGGGCGACAUCUGCUGGGAGGAACAUUUGUUUACAUUGGAGUUGGUUUCGAAAUUGUUGUGGGAAAGGAAGCUGAUUGGCGAACACCUGGGAGACUAGGGCCAGCGGCGGGCUCCGAAUGCGCAAAAGGCUGGGGAAGAGCCGUGGGUCGCAUCUGGAGUUAAUCGUUCAUUGUGUUUUCUCAACCACAGCUGUCAAUUCGGUCUCCCUUUUCGAAUUUCCACACACAUACACAGACGCGUCCCGCGUGCUUCUACUCUAAUCCAGAAGCUCCGCACUUUUUUUUUCCGUUCCUCGCCGGCUGGGCCAAACUGGAGGAGUCACGAUAAACUUUCGUCUUUCUCAUGACUUUCUGAAACGAAGGGUCAGAUGAGCUCUUUUUUCUUCCUCAUAUAUUCCUUUCAUAAUCCAGCUCCAUUUUUUUAUUCUUGAAAAACUGUUCGUUAUCCAUUCACGCCUGUCGCAUUCAUAAUGGCUCAAGUAAACAGUUCACUGAUUGUACUUUGCGACUUCAAAUGUAAGAUCACUGAUAAGGAAGGUCAUUUUUCUUUGCGGUUUGGACUUUUCUGAAAUUUUGCUAGAAAACUGUACCAGAAGAAGAUAUCGAGACUCUCCACCUGCACAACUUCUUGUUUUUCGAGAGAACUUGCAAAUCCGUUAAAAUAGGCUAUUUCGGGGCUUCAAGCCCUUAUUUCUCGAAAAACAGGUAGUUGUACAGGUUGAGACAAUCAGGACCUUCAUUAGGUACAUCAAGAAGGGUUCUGGCCAGGUUUCCGGAAAUUCCCAGCAACAAAGGGAAACGACCUACCUUGUGAAAAAAGCAUUUUCAUCGUAAAUUGAAGCGAGGCUCUGAAAUGAUUUCGAGAAGGGUAUGCCAUUUUUCCAGUCAGUUGAACUUGGGUGUUUUCCUUAGCGUAGAAAUUCAUGUUUUUCUCUCCGAUUGCGCGAAAAAGAGACUGCAAAAGAUGGUAAAAACGUAAUCAAAACGGCUGGGCAAGCUGAGUCGCCGAAAGCACCUGUCAUGUUCAGCUGUUGAGUGGCAACGCCACACUUACACAGCCGCACGUCCCCGGGUUCUCGCCUUCCGAAGUCGGUUCUGAGGAACGUCGGUCCGAUUACUGUCCCUCUGGGUUCCUUGGCAGGCAAAUCCGCAGACGCUGA